CACUCACUAAAAUGAGAGCUAAAAACAUUUUACUUCUAAUACUUCUUCUUGAAGUUACCAUAAUAUUUUUGAAUAGUGCCUUGGCAAAGAUGGACGCUUUUUUCACAGACAUUGCGUGUCCAACUUAUGCACCGGACCUUGUAAAAAAUGUUAGCUGUUGCUUAAAUCCACCUUUAAAGGGUUCUUUGUCAUCAUCAUACUCUGCACAGUUUAUAUUGACAGAAGAUGUUUCUGACGCUAAAGGCAAAUACGUAGUUGCUUUAAAACGAGGAUCAUCUUUUAUCAACUACACUUCAUUGGAUCUAGAUUAUUGUCAGACAUUAUUAUCUCUUCAAACGCAGUUUUUGCUAAAGAUGAUUGCCGAUGAGCUGCGGCGAGUGGCGAAUUUUCCACUUCAAUGCCCCUUUAAAAAGAAUACAACUUAUUACAUCAAUCGCUUCACAAUUAACUCAAAGGCAAUACCCAGCUAUGCGCCAGAGAUGGACUUUGUUUCGGACUGCAUUAUUUUUGUUAAAAAACGCAAAGCCAUGCAAUUAACUAUUCAUGGUCGUGUUGGUCGUCGCCGAUCUGGCCGUUAAAGAGUUCUUUAUUUUUCA